AUGGAAUUAAAGAAAAUGAAGCCAUUAAAGGAUGAAGAGGCCGAAUCCCCGACAGAAACCGGCGCCCGGAAGCGCCGGAACCCGUUCAACACACAGCGGCUGAAGGAGGAGAAGGAACGCCGCCAGAAAAAGCGGGCUCGGCUCAUCGUGCGCAACAUCAGCUACAAGUCCACGGAGGACUCGAUGCGGGAGCACUUCGGGCAGUGGGGCACCCUGGAGGACGUGCACAUCUUGAAGAGAGGCGACGGCAAGCUGGUGGGCUGCGCCUUCGUGCAAUACGAGACCAUUAACCAGGCCACCAAGGCGAUCCUGCACUCCAACGGCAAGGAGCUGCUCGGUCGGAAGAUUUUUGUGGACUGGGCUCUGGGCAAGGAUGAGUACUCGGCCAAGCACCCCAAGGAGGAGCCGGACGAAAAGAAACCAAAAGUGGAGGUAAAGGAGGAAGAUGGCGACGGCGACGCGAAGGAAGUCAAGGAGGAAAGCGACGAAGAAGCUGGAGAGGAUGAGGGCGAUUCCGGUGAGGAUUCUGAUGCGGAAUCCCAUGAAGAUGAAAAGGAAGAGGGAGAAUCUGAAUCUGGGGACGAGGACGAGGACGAUGAUGAAGACCAAAAGGAGGACAAAGACGAACUGAAAUCGAAACUAAAUAUCGAAAAUGUCAAAAAGGAAAAGACAAUUUCCAACGACGUCCAGCAAGGCUGCACGGUCUUCAUCAAGAAUGUGCCCUUCGACGCCGAGGACGCCGAUUUGCGGAAGGUGUGCCGGAAGUUUGGCUUGGUCAACUACGCCAUCAUCAAUCGCCAGGCGGUUUCUGGACACUCGAAGGGAACAGCAUUUGUUAAGUUCAAGGCCAAGGAGUCUGCCGAUCUGUGCCUGCAAGCUGGCACGGAAUUCAAGCUAAUGGACGAAGUCCUGGAUCCCCAUCCAGCCCUGAGUCGAGAGGAGAUGAAGUCGAAGCAGACGCAGGACAACAAAAAAGAUGACGCCAAGGACUCGCGGAACCUGUACUUGGCCAGGGAAGGUCUUAUCAUGGCUGGAGCGAAGGCAUCCGAUGGCGUUUCAGCUUCAGACAUGGCCAAGCGCCACGAACUGGAGCAGGUAAAGACGCAGGUGCUCAAGAACUUGAACCGGUUUGUUUCCCGCAAUCGCCUGUCCAUCCACAAUCUGCCCCUGAACUAUGACAACGAAAAACUGAAACAAAUGGCUCUGACCUACACUGGCUUCCGACCCCACGAAUGCCGGGUGAUGAGGGAACACAAGGUUACCCCCGAGCAUCCCGACGGCAAGUCCAAGGGUUUUGGUUUCCUAUCCUUUGACACGCAUCAGAGAGCCCUGACAGCCCUGCGGAAAUUGAACAACAACCCCAACAUCUUUGGAACACAGAGUCGCCCCAUUGUCGCCUUCAGUAUAGAGGAUCGGGCUGUGCAUAAAAUCAAAGAGAAGCGCACAGAGCGCUCCAAGCUAAACAAUCCCACCUACAAGGACAAGCAGCAGCAGCGCAAGGAGCGACGGCAGCAGAAGCGCAAUGGCCAGAAGGCCAAACCCCUGGCUCCACAGACAGACAACAAAGCGAAGCUGCAGAAACACAUCCAGAAACUGGAGGCAUCGCGAGCAGCCAAAGCCGAGGACAAGGCCACGGAAAAGAAGCAACUUAGUGAUGUGCAGGGCGACUACGUUGGUACGGCGGCCAAGCCAGGCACUUCGCUGAAGAUGCGAUCCAAGAAAAAGAUUGUCGAGCAGGCCAAGGAGCACUUGAAAAAGGUGAAGACCGAGAAGCGCAAGCAGAAGAACAAGAAGAUACGGGAGUCCCACCUGGCAGAACGCAAGGCAAACAACCGACCCAAGCAGGGGCGCAAAAAGGAAAAGGAUGAGCUGCGACCCCUAAUUGAUAAGUACAAGAACAUGAUUAGUGGAAAUCAAGGAGGCGGCGGGGUCACGGGAGGUAAAAUUAAGAAACCUAAGAGGACCAAGUGGUACACGGAGUAAAGUUCCCUUGUCUAGGCUAAGAAAUGUCAUUUUAGCAAUAAAACUGUAAAUGAGAAAACCAA